UUAGAACCUCUUGCCUUGCCUUCAAUGUGCAGCUGCCCCUGCCAAGGUUGGCUUCAACUCAGUCCAAGACUUAUAACUUUUGAGCCCUGACCCUCUCUCUUUCUCUCUCACACAACAACCAACCAUUUCAGUCCAACAAUGAACGGACGCGUGACUUGAGUUUUUGAGUGUUGAGUAGACUCAUCAAAGGUUCAAGGAAAAGGAGGCAGGUGUUCUCUACUUUUCUCUCUUUUAGAACCACCUAUCUUGCCUUCAACGUGCAGCCUCUCCUGCCAAGGUUGGACUUCAACUCGGUCCAAGACUUUUGAUUUUUGAACCCUUACUCUCUUUCUCUCACACAGCAACCAACCAUUUCAGUCCAACAAUGAAUGGAUGCGUGACUUGAGUUUUGAGUGUUGAGUGGACUCACCGAAUGUUUAAGGAAAAGGAGGCAGAUGUUCUCUACUUUUCUCUCUCUUUUGAGUCCUGACUCUCUCUCUCUCUCUCUCUCACACAACAACCAGUCAUUUUAGUCCUACAAUGAAUGGGGUAAUUGCAAGAAAGCUCUAUGUGAAUGUCUCUAGGUUAAAAGUUCGGAACAAGCCUUUCUGCACUGAUGCAGCUACAAGAGUAUCUGGUUCUAAUUGUGGCCAACCUAGCCCUGAGCACAAGGAGACACAUGAUCUCUCUAAUAACAUUCAGCAUUAUGAUAUUGCUAUUGUUGGAGGAGGCAUGGUCGGCAUGGCUCUAGCUUGUUCCUUGGCAAGCAUGCCAUUGACAAAGCACCUGAAUGUUGCCAUCAUUGAUAGCAAUCCUGCAUUGGGGAGUAGACCCUACCUCAACAAAGAAGACCCCCCUGAUUCAAGGGUCAGUACAGUGACACCUGCUACUAUAUCUUUUUUCAAAGAUGUUGGUGCUUGGCAAUACGUUGAACAUCAUCGACAUGCAUAUUUUGAUAAAAUGCAGGUCUGGGAUUAUACUGGCUUAGGAUACACAAGAUACAAUGCACAGGAUAUAAAUAAAGAAGUUCUAGGGUGUGUAGUCGAGAAUAAGGUUCUUCAUGGUUCCCUGCUGUCAUGUAUAGAGAAUACAGAUUUCCAGAAGACAAUCUAUCUUUCCAAGUUAUCUUCAAUGACUCUACCUCCGAGCCCUUCAUCCUUGGGGAUGGACAGCACAUCAUCAAGGCUGCCAUUGUCUUCUCAGAGGCAUUUAGCAAAGCUGGAACUGAGUGAUGGCAAUAGUCUAUAUACAAAGUUGGUGGUUGGAGCGGAUGGUGGCAAGUCCCGUGUCAGGGAGUUAGCAGGAUUCAAGACAACCGGAUGGAACUACUCACAGAAUGCAAUCAUAUGUACAGUGGAACAUACUGUUGAAAACGGAUGUGCAUGGCAACGGUUUCUACCUGCUGGUCCAAUUGCACUUUUGCCAAUGGGUGAUAAUUUUAGCAAUAUUGUGUGGACUAUGAACCCAAAAGAGUCAACAAACCGUAAAUUAAUGAAUGAGGAUGAAUUUGUGAAAGAUGUAAAUAAUGCUCUGGAUUAUGGAUAUGGUCCUCAUCCUACGUCAAGCUUGUUUGGAAGCGGAGAAAUGUUUUCUUGGCCUAGAGCAGGUGUGACAUUAUCAGCUAAUGAUUGUUUUGAAGUUCCACCAAAAGUGGUUAAGUUGGCAUCUGAAAGAAUGGUGUUUCCGUUGUCCUUAAGGCAUGCCAGUGACUAUGUGUCAAAGCAUGUUGUUCUGAUUGGAGAUGCUGCACACACUGUUCAUCCUCUGGCUGGUCAAGGAGUUAAUAUGGGUUUUGGAGAUGCAUUUGCCCUUUCUAGGGUCAUUGCUGAGGGUAUAGCUGUAGGCUCUGACAUUGGAGAGGUAACAGUGUUAAAGAAAUAUGAAGCCGAGAGAAAACCAGCAAAUAUUAUGAUGAUGGGGAUCCUGGAUGGUUUUCAGAAGGCAUACUCUGUCGAUUUUGGACCCCUAAAUAUACUACGAGCUGCAGCAUUGCAUGGAGCGCACUUCAUAUCACCUCUUAAAAGAAGUAUUAUUUCUUAUGCAUCAGGGGAACAGAAACUGCCACUAUUCACAUGAGAAACACUCUAAAUUAUUCUUACCAGAGGAUAUAAAUGGACUGGAUUUUUGCACCUCAUGUAGCAAUGAAUAAUUUUUUUUAUUUCAUCAGUCUUGUACAGGAACGAAUUUUUUAAUAUCAUCAAAUGUUGAAUUUCCUGUUUCAA